GCAGUCGGGCGGCGGGCAGGCUUUGUAUUUGUUCGGGGCUCGCGCCGCCAAUGCAGAGCUGCUGCAGCCGCCGUGUUGCAAAGCGAAGCGAGAGGAUCCCGGCCACGUAAGCCGCUAUUAAUACCCGCCGUGCUGGGGGAGAGGAUGCCUUGCUGAAAGGGGGGUGGGCUCGGCCAUCCCUCCCUCCUUUCUUUCUUCCUUUCCUUUGCCCCCUCCUCAGCCCCGUCUACCUCCAGAGAGAGACGCCUGCAAGGCAUAUUUAUGUAUUUGCAUGCAUGCUCCGAACAGCUUGCGCCGUCCCUUUGCCUUGCGAAGGAAAGCAAGAGAACGAAAGGGGAUCCCCUUCCAUCAUUCUCGUUUGGGUGCUGAUUGUGAAUAUAUUUAUGGGGAGCUGAAGGAAGAGCACCAGACGCCAUCUACAGUUGAAAAGGAAGGUUAGAAAGAGCCAAACAUCACCCCCAUCACAAAGUAAAGAACGGGAAAUCCUGCCUGCUGGGGAAAGAAAGAAAGAAAGAAAAGAGUGAAUGCUUCUUUUGGAGAGAGAGAGAGAGGCGUGAUCAAGGCUGAGAGAAUAACUUCAAUACUAUUGUGUUGAUUCCACAGAGGAGGAGAAAAAAAAGCGAGUUGAUGCUUUGCAAUAGUGGGAAGACUUUGCAUUGCAAGCGAAUCCUGUUUGAGAAUUGUUUUGCGUGAAGCCUUUGCAAGAGGAGGGAUUUUCUACGUUGAUAUUCUGCUCAAAGCCAAGGCUGAGAGCAACCCAACGCUCAAGAUAUUCUUAUACUAAGGAUUCAGAAAGAAGUGAAGACUUCAGCAAAGGCGGAGAGGAGCUUAACUAUUAUAACCAAACAGUGGGUGCUUUGCAAGGAAGGAAGACUUUGCAUCCAAUACUAUUUUGAAUUAUUAUUAUUAUUAAUAUUGCUUUGCAAUCGAGCAGUGUUUUGUUUGCACUGACUCCCGAGAGAGAGAGAGAUCUCCAGCCUCCAAGGAAGACAAGAAGGGAGGGAAGGAGGGAGCUCCCUCUUUGCCCAAGCCUGGCCGGCCCGCGAGGAGUGUGCCGGCGGCGUGCUUGGCCGCGCGGGGCUUUUCCCCGGAGGGAGGAGGAGGAGGAGGGAAGCCUCGCGCCCCCCUCGCGCCUUCCUUCCCCAUGAACAUACAACGCUCGCCGCCGAUCCCCAUCGCGCGCUAUGGGAGGCCCCCGCGGAGCAAGACCCAGGACUUCGAGGAGCAGCUGGCUGCUUCCGCCGCUUCCUCCGCCGCCGCCAGGCCCCCUUCUUCCUCCUCUUCUUCUUCCUCCUCCAACGCCGCCGAGCCCAGCCCCAGCUUCAGCCCCAACCUCGGCUCGCCCAGCCCGCCAGAGACUCCCAGCUUGUCGCAUUGCGUUUCUUGCCUCGGGAAAUACUUGCUGCUGGAGCCGCUGGAAGGAGACCACAGCUUCCGAGCCGUGCAUCUGCACAGCCAGGAGGAGCUGGUCUGCAAGGUGUUUGAUAUUGGCUGCUACCAAGAAUUACUCGCGCCAUGUUUUUGCCUGCCUCCUCAAGACAACAUCAACCAAAUCACUGAAAUCAUCCUUGGGGAGACAAAAGCCUAUGUGUUUUUUGAGCGGAGCUAUGGGGAUAUGCAUUCCUUUGUUCGUACCUGCAAGAAGCUAAAGGAGGAGGAGGCAGCCAAACUCUUCCACCAGAUAGCAUCUGCUGUAGCGCACUGUCACGACGGUGGACUGGUACUGCGGGAUCUCAAGCUGCGGAAAUUCAUUUUCAAGGAUGAAGAAAGGACUCGAGUAAAACUAGAGAGCCUUGAAGAUGCAUACAUUUUGAGAGGAAAUGAUGACUCCCUUUCCGAUAAGCAUGGAUGCCCAGCAUACGUGAGCCCAGAGAUCUUGAAUACAAACGGCAGCUACUCUGGCAAGGCAGCAGACGUUUGGAGUCUAGGAGUCAUGCUUUACACAAUGCUCGUCGGACGCUACCCUUUCCAUGACAUUGAGCCUAGUUCCCUCUUCAGCAAAAUCCGCCGAGGGCAGUUCAGCAUUCCAGAGACUUUAUCCCCAAAGGCAAAAUGCCUUAUACGUAGCAUCCUGCGCCGGGAGCCCUCGGAGAGGCUGACUUCGCAGGAAAUUCUGGACCAUCCUUGGUUUUCCACAGAUUUUAAUGUGUCGAAUUCAGGAUAUGGUGCUAAGGAAGUAACGGAUCAGCUGGUGCCUGACGUCAACAUGGAGGAGGAAGAGGACCCUUUCUUUAACUGAGCAUUAGGACUAGUGUUUGAGUGGCGCGUGGUCCAGAAAAGACAACGUUGAAGGGAGUCCUUUCUGACCAUGCAGAAUUAUAGUGGUGUCUUGACCUGGCUUGAAAGCAAAAAGACAACUUGAAGGAGUGGCUGUUUUGUGGGUUGUUUUGCUCUUUUGUUUCAGUUUUUGGUUGGAGAAGGAAUGAGCUAACACAACAAAUGUAGCAUGAGGAUGACUAGAUGGGACGAAUCCUUGCUAUCAGGUUAGAUUGACAUGGAAAUAGAAAGAGGCAGCAGCAUGGAGCAACAGUAGCUGCUCAUCUUUAUGGAGCCAAGGACACUGAACCUUCACGUUCCAGUGCAGCCACUAAUCCACUCCCAAUUCUGUUUCAUUCAGAUACUUAAUGGUUCCAAGUAAAUAGAGACUUUUGCCUCAAUUUGCAUCUUGGCAUCGCACUGUUAGAUAUAUUUAACUUCAGCCAUUAUUCAGGGAAGGUACAAUUAGCUAUCAUGUUGUUAUAUUAAUUUUUGUUUCCUGUUUCUAAAAUCUGACGUUUAAUAAUUUCAGUGGGAUUAAUCUUCAGGAGGGCGGGUGGGAAGAGCACAAAGGGAAGACAUGGGAAGCUGGGUGCUAAGUGGAAAACUUUAUUUCAUGUCUCGGAACAGCUAGUUUUGAAUUCAGUUCUAAAGAAGCGGCUUUGAUUUUUGAGAGGAGAAAACGGUGUUUGAAAUGCUCUUUUCCCUUAAGGCAGAAAGGGACUGGCACUUCACAAGUUGGGUAGUAUAUAUUUUUGUCCCCCUUUGCUGAUGGAAGAACACUUACUUUUGGGUUAAAUACAGUUAUCUCCCUCAGCUGAUGGAAGGCUCUUUAAUGCAGCAGACACAAGAUGCUGAAUAGUGGAUGGAGAUUCCUUCUCCAACUUCCAUCUUCAAAGGGUGGAUGACUCUUUGGAGCAGUAUGGAAGGUCAAUGGCAUCAUAAGGGGCUUCAGAGAAAAUACAGAAUCUAUGAGCCUCCUCUUCAUGGGAAUCCCCUGCUAUGAUGUAGAGUCUUUCAUCAGCAGAACACAGUUGGAUACGACCCAUUCUGGAAGAGUCUUGCAGUUUUGGUCAAUGGCUUUGUUGCAGGAGGCAAUUACAGGUCAGCCUUCCAGAUAUGUUUGCUAAGCAAAUCAUAAUUCUUGAAAGAAAUAAAACAGGUGAUUUGAAAUACUGGCUUCCAUGUUACCACACUGCACAUAAAAUUUGACCAUAUUUGUGGACAGCAGUGAGAGGACAUCAUUUCAGAGAGAGAGAGAGAGGAUUGAAACCUAAUCCAGGAACCAACGAUUCCUCAAGACUACCUUAAACAUGAGCGGAGUGGGUCUUUAUUACUUAAAGAGGAGAGAGAGAGAGAGAAAGACAGACAGAGGUGUUUUCCUUUCUUCCCUCUUAGUUUUAUGGAAAGGCAGUGACUUGGGUUUUCUUGCUUUUGUUUUUGUUUUAUGAAAAGGAUGCUGUUAGUUUUCUUCUCAUUGACAUUUUAAUAAGCUGAACAUUACUAGGACACAGAUCUGUCUCCUAAAAAGUACACAGUAAUAUGCACCUUUCGUAUUGUCAAGACUUUAUUUAUUGAUGAAACUGUCACGGUUGUGAUGAAUUAAGCCAGUACUUCAAUUACGGGUUGACUUGGGGUGACAUGUUACAAGCUGUAGUUGACACGCUUUCCUUUUACUUUUCAGGUAUUCCUUGUCCCUGAAUGACAUAUUUUUUACUUUUAAUUUUUCGCCCUGUUCUCUCCCUUCCUUAGAGAGCUUUUGUUUUGAUUUCGACUGGCAAAAUGAUUUUUUAUUACUGCUUUUUAUAUUGCUAUAUGAUACUUGGGGCGGGGGGACAAAACAAAACAGGUCUCUUGGCAUAACUAUUUGUGUUUUCCAGUACCUCAGUUGUUCUGAUGUUACUGCCUGUAUGCGUUUUUGUGAAGUGGUCAUGUUUUUGGAUAGGUACAUGUGGACUCUGUAGUAUGUAAAUGUUACUUGAAUUUUGUGCUUAAUUAUAGUAUGUGGCAUGUGCGUACAGCUACUUGGCAUUUGAUGUAUGGAUGCUAUUUUGCCUGCCCUGCAGGAAGGUUUUGAUCCCACUCUCAAGCGGAUGGUUCAUAGUUCCUUAUCAAAGAGACAAAGCUGCAGCUGACCUGCCUUGGUUCUAUUUUGGUAUCUAAGAAAAUAUAAAGGAGUAAUGUUUUUACACUCUGAAGAUGGUGCUGUGUUGAGGGACUUCUUUUUUUAAAAAUGUUUAUUUUAUAAACUUGUAGGAAGAAAGAUUGGUGAUGUGCAUGGUGGGAUUUUACUGCCUCUGGUGCUUUGUCUUGUAUUUGGUUUAAUGUUUUUGUCCUAAUCUCUUCAAUAAACAAAAUUGUGCAUAUUUAACUAAA